AUGGCUAAUCAUCUUGAGUUUCUAAACUUCGGUUGCUUCUUAACUCACAACAAUCCCCCUAAAGAUUCUAAGCCAAAAACAUUACUUCUUCCCCGUUACAGUGUUAAAUUGGCGAGACAAGUUCGAUGUCAAACAAGUAAUGACAAAAUUACUAGGCGUUCCGCAAACUACCAGCCUAGUUCUUGGAAUUACGAUGAUUUGGUGAACAUUACAACCAAUGAUUUCGAGUUGGGAAUUGAAGAAGAGGUUAGACAGAAGUUGGAGGGAGAAGUGAGAUACGUGCUUGAUGAGGGGAAAUUGGAAGUGGUAGCCUUGCUUGAGUUGAUUGAUGAUAUUCGUCGUUUAGGGCUAGGCUACAAAUUCAAAGAAAGUAGCAGUAGAGCACUGGCUAAAUUAAGGAUGUCUCAAGGACAAGAAGCUACAAACACGAACCUCCAUUCUUGUUCUUUGUAUUUUAGAUUGCUGAGAGAGCAUGGUUUUGACAUUUCUCCAGAUGUUUUUGAACAAUUCAUGGACAACAUUGCUGAUGAAGAAGUCCGUGGGUUGUUGAGUUUGUACGAAGCUUCGUUUCUGGGAUAUGAAGGUGAGAAGAUAUUAGAAGAGGCCAGAGAAGUCACAAGUAUGCAUCUAAAGAGCAUUAAGGAUAGGAUUGAUCCAAGAAGUGCAGAAGAAGUGAACCAUGCAUUGGAGCUUCCAUUUCACCGAAGAGUGGAAAGGGUAGAGGCAAGGCGGAGCAUCCAAUCCUACUCCAAAUCGGGAGAAAUAAAUCAAGCCUUGUUAACACUCGCAAAGAUUGAUUUCAACACCGUUCAAGCUGUGUAUCAAACAGAUCUACAACAUCUUACAAAGUGGUGGAAAGAUACAACGUUAGCAGACAAGUUGAGCUUUGCUAGGAACAGACUAAUGGAGAGCUUCUUUUGGGCAAUUGGAAUGUGUUAUGAUCCUCAAAAUAGCAAAUGUCGCGAAGCCGUGACAAAAACAUUCAAUCUUGUCACGGUUCUUGAUGAUGUCUACGAUGUAUACGGAUCUCUAGAUGAGCUAGAGAUAUUCACUGCUGCUGUUGAAAGAUGGGGUGUUGAUGUGAUAGAAGACCUUCCAGACUACAUGAAGUUGUGCUAUCUUUCACUUUUCAACACUAUCAAUGACCUAGCCUAUGAUACCUUAAAGGAGAAAGGAGUAACUGUCAUCCCUAUCAUGAAGAAAAUGUGGGCAGAUUUAUUGAAAGCAUUCUUGCAAGAAGCACAAUGGAUGUAUAACAAAUACACUCCUACAUUUGAUGAAUACCUCAACAAUGCACGUUUUUCUGUGUCUGGUUGUGUCAUGUUAGUUCACUCCUACUUCACCACUCAGAACAUAACAAAGGAAGCAAUUGAUUCCUUGGAAAAGUACCAUGAUCUUUUAAUCUGGCCGUCCAUAGUUUUCCGCCUUGCUAACGACUUGAGCUCCUCUAAGGCUGAAAUAGAGAGAGGUGAAACAGUGAAUUCGAUUACUUGCUACAUGAAGGAAAGUGGAUUGUCGGAGGAGCAAGCUCGGGAACACAUUGAUAAACUAAUUGAUGAGUGCUUUAAGAAGAUGAAUAAACAGCUGGUGGCUUCAAAUUCACCAUUUGAGAAAUCCUUAACAGAAACUGCUAUAAAUCUUGCUCGAAUUGCUUUGUGCCAGUACCAGUAUGGAGACGCUCAUAGUGAUCCUGAUGUUAGAGCAAGAAAUCAGAUUGCGUCCAUUAUCAUUAGUCCGGUUGACUAAUUGUCAUAUGCAUUCUUUUAGGCAAGCACAAAUAAAUUAACUUGGAAUUAUAUAUCAAAUAAUAGUACUACGUAGCA